CUCCGUGAGGCUAUGUUUCUUCGCUAGCUUUGUCUGUGGGUUUUGAAGAGGCGAAGAACAUGGCGAUGGCGCAGUUGUGCGGCGGAAUUGCGAGAAGGCUGAUGGCAACGGAGGGAGCUGCGGUGGCGGCAUCAGCAACGUCGCUGCCAGUGCUGUGUGGUCGAGGGGACAAGCGGACGAAGAAGGGGAAGCGGUUCAAGGGGUCGUACGGUAACGCAAGACCCAAAAAGGAGAAGAUGAUCGAGAGGAUCAAGGACAAGGUCGAGGUCCCCAGGUCCACUCCUUGGCCUCUUCCUUUCAAGCUCAUCUAAUUUUUGUCAAUGUCAACCCCUGAAUAUCUCUAUAGCUGCAUGGCCUUUUCUCUGAUCUUUGUAUUUGGGGUUUGGAGUUUUUGUUUUAUGCACCUGAGCAGACGUUGUACUUUUACAUUUCCUUCUAAUUAAGAAUAGAUAUUUUACUA